UAUACCUUGUUUAAUGCUAAGUCUGUUUCAUUGUAUUGACAGAUGUCCUACAACACAUUAAGUCAACUUUGUUUGAUGCAAAUGGUUAUCCACUGUUUAGUGCAUGAGCACUAGCAAAUAAAGACUUCAUGGUUGCUGGUGAGUUAAUAUCAUCCUCUCUGGCACAGGGAGGACCAGCCCCAUGCUUCUUGGCAAAGAAUGUAUUUAAUUAUGUGGCUGAAGGGGUAAAUAGCAUACAGGCCAACAACUGGUUGGAGUUGGUUCAUGAUGCUAAUUUCAAAGAUGAAAUUGAUAAGUUAGUUAAAUGUGAGAGCGAUGAGGAGCUGAGGACAUUGCAUUGCUCAGAUGACAUGAUGAACAUUCUGCAAUCAAUGUGGCUACAGGGGUGUUCCCUCCAAGGAGAAAUUGGCCUCACGAGACAACAUUAUUCGGUCGAUUGUAAUUGCAGGAAUUGGCCAUAUGCUGGCAGUGAUGGACAAAUUAAAAACUGGUCUUAUACUUUUUGGGGUUCUGCAGCAAAUUCAACAUCACCGGCAGAUAAUGGCAUCAAUGCUUACACUGGAUGGUGUUGCUAAUUUUUGCUUGACUGCAGACAUUGUUCUUGAAAAUAUGACUGUGGAGUUUAGCCUGGAAGGA